CCGACUUCUACACUAAACGAAUCCGGCACUAGCUUGGCUAUAAGUGUGGAGAGGCUCUUGUCCGGCGCGGCUGCUUGAUCCACUUGAUCCACUUGAUCCACUUGCGCAGGCCUGGGGAUUCUGAAGCAUGAAGCCAAAGUUAUUUGCGGAGGGUUUUUGGGAGUUGGCAAUUUUGAUGACGCUUGGGAUGCUCUGCUUCAACCAACACAACCAAUGUUAUAGCGCCAUUCUUGCAUAGCACAUCGCCAAACUAAGGGGACAACCAUGGUCGGCAAAGUAAGCGAGCGCGUCCUCCUUCGGGAAGGACUAGAACGAACCGACAAUGGCAUGAAGCAAACUAGCUGGCCCGAUGUCGCUGCUAUAAACCAAAAGAACUACUACACCGAAUAUAUGAAGCGAGAUGACCAGGUGCUCGCCCUACGAUUGCAGGCCGAGGCCGCUCGAGACCGACUUGUCCAGAAUGCCAAAGACCGCGACCGCGCACUUGCGCGCAACGGAAAUGCCGAUGUCCCACUGCCCAUACCGGAUAUCCAGCAGGAAGAUGGAGGUCCCACAGCCGCCGAUGGCCUGAUGGACCCGUCCAAGGUCAUCGUCAUCCACCCCGGCAGCCAGAAUCUGAGGAUAGGCUUUGCCAGCGAUGCGUUGCCCAAAACCAUCCCCAUGGCGCUUGCCACCAAGUUCCCCCAGACCGAGUCGGAGAUGUACGAAGCGCUACCGCGGCGCCAGUUCGAGGCAAAGACACAAGACCAGCAGUACGGCGAGGAAUGGUCCAAGAAGUACCAGAAGAUGUGUAACGACCUGAAGGUAGACAUGCGCGCCAACAAGCGCAAGGUCCUACCCAACUCCAAGGAGUUGGUCGUCAACUUCAACCGGAGGACUGAGUCGGAGGAGAUAGCAUUGCAUAAUGACCCACUGCAGAUCGAAUGGACCGACGUCAAGAGCCUCGAAGACCCAGAUUCCUUAGCAUCGUGCUUUGUCGGCCAUGGCGCAUUGCGGGUUCCUGACGACUCGAAUCCCAAGUUCAAGCUAUGGUGGCCCAUACGCCAUGGGUGGCUCAACGAAGACGAGUACUCGACAGCCGAACAUCUGCACGAUGACUUGGAGACAUUACUGGACAAAGCCAUCCGGCAAGAGCUGGGCCUGACUAAGAACAGUGCCUGGAAGAACUACAGCUGCGUCUUCGUCAUACCGGACCUCUAUGAUAAACGUUACGUCGAGCAGGUGUUGAAGUCUUGCAUGACAUGGUUCGAGUUCAGCAGGAUAUGCUUCAUUCAGGAGAGCAUGGCGGCCACGUUCGGUGCGGGCUACACUCAGGCAUGUGUGGUCGAUGUAGGUGCGCAGAAGACAUCCAUAGCCUGCGUAGAGGAUGGUCUAGUCAUCGAAGACUCGCGCAUCAACCUCAAGUACGGUGGAUACGACGUGACAGAGACCUUCAUGAAGAUGAUGCUUUACGACAACUUCCCAUACCAAGAAAUGAACCUGCGGCGGAGGUACGACUUCCUGCUAGCCGAAGAGCUAAAGAUCAAGCACUGUACCAUGUCACAGGCCGACAUAUCAGUGCAACUCUACCAGUUCCACCUCCGCGUCCCGAAUCAACCCACACACAAGUACCAGUUCAAGACCUACGACGAGGUCAUCCUGGCCCCUAUGGGGUUUUACGAACCAGCCAUCUUCGACCACAGCGCAAAGCUGCGUCGCCGUCGCAAGCUGAUGGACCGCUCAUACAACGCAUACGAGGUCGACGUGCCGGAUGACCCGGCAUCUGCCGCACAGCUUGCCAUCCUAGACCUGCUCCAGCCCUUGGUAGCCUCCAAUGCGAAUGGCUUCAGUCUCUCACAAGCCUCGGUUGCGGACCCCCUAGCCACCCCAAGCAAGGAGAAACCACAACCCUUCAACUUUCUCGGGCGCGCCGGCGAGAACGGCACACCCAUGGGCUCCAACGCAGCCUCUCCCGCACCCGAAGGGCUCUCGACUCCAGCGGCCCCUUACCUCUUUGGCGCCAACAGCACCACCACCAACGGUUCCCCCGGCCCCGGCGCCCGCAACGGUACCUCGCCCGCGCCUCCUCCACCGGGCAUGUUCGUCGACUCCUCGUCCCGCACCGCCAAGAUCCUCGCCGAGGAACGCGACGCCGUCCUCCCCGUCGCCCCCCUGGACAUUGCCAUCCUGACGGCUAUCCAGAACGCCGCCAAAGCCGAGGACAAGAAGCUCCGCGAUUACCUUGGCUCCAUCAUGGUCAUCGGCGGCGGCUCCAAAACCCCCUUCUUCACCCAGACGCUUGAGGAUAAGCUCAAGGCCCGAAGGCCCGACCUCUUUGAUCGUAUUCUGGUCUCACGGAGUGCCAGGGACAUGGAUGAGCAGGUCGUGGUUUGGAAGGGCGCCAGUGUUUUUGCGAAACUGCCUGCCAAUGAUAGCUGGAUCACCCCGCCGGAAUUUGAAAGACUGGGCGCUAGAGUGUUGCAUCAUAAAGUGCUGUGGGCUUGGUAAUGUAGUCAGCUAAGUGUAUUUGGCUACGGGGCCUUCGCUGUGUAGAGUUCAGGGCUAUGCAGAUGUCAUUGGAAGAAGUUAUCUUGAUGAGAAGGCUUGAUGAUAGGCGCUUCGUCUGGUUGAUUGGUCGUAUGGUGUUGGGGAUAAAUCCAUCAAUCAAGACUGACGGAUGGGAAAUGUUACACAUAUACGGUAUAAUAAUUACUCUAUAUCCUAUUGAUUAUGAGAUACAUCAGGGUCCGAAAUGGCAUUAGAGUUGCUGCCUACUCAACUAAACUACGACAAGAAGGUCAUGCCAGAGAUCUCUGCCGUAACUAUAAUAUUGACCUCCAUAUGGACAUCAAGACAGAGCAUUUUACCGAGG